AGAUGUAUAGUAAUGCUGGAAUGCAACUAAUGCAACAUGUCGAUACGUUGACAGUUAAAUGUUACAGAUUUUAGGUUACUUUCUCUGCUCAGAGGUUCUUUUUGCGUUCAUCAAGUAUCGCCACGUAUCCAAAUUCUUUAAAAACUACAAGGUGCAAUCGUGCUUCAAUCAAGAAAUUUCAACAGAAUUAAUUGAAAUCCAUUUUAAUUUAAAGAAAAUAAAAGUGAACUUUUUGAGAUGGACGCGAAGAAGUUAGAUUUGUACUCGAAUGGAGAUAAGUUUGAUAAUACCGAUUCUACAAGUAAAUCCAAAAAUGAUUCGACAGAAGUUUGUUUAACAGAAAAUUGCUUGCUGCCAUUAAAUGAAAAUAUAGAACAGAAUAGCAGUUUACAAAAUCAGAAUUCUUAUUCUAAAGAGGAUAAAGUAGAAGUUGACUGUAAUCUAGUAUCGUUAAGAAAAGAUAACAAUCCAAAUGAAAGUAAUUUAUUAUUAAAUAGAAUCAGUAUUAAUGUGGAUGAAACAAGUGUACAUAUAAAUAGCAUUCCAAACAAAGAAGAUGAAAAUUCAUCAUUGUCAAUGAAUAUUGAUCUUCCAAAUGAAAGAGUUUUUCACAAAUUAUCUUCCAAUAAUUCACUGUAUAUAGAUCAUUCGCAUAAAAAUAUGGAUAAGAUUUCUGGGACUGAAACAGGUACUAGUAACAUAUGUGAAGAUAAUGUGUAUGAUAUUAAAUUAGAAAUACCCACAACCAAACAGUCGUUAAUUACUAAUGUUGCUCAUGAUUCUUCGACAAUAAAAGAUUUAGAUUCAUUGGCAUUGAAUGAACCAAUAAAUAAAAAAAUUUUAACAAGUUUGCAAAGUAAUAAUGAUGAUUCUACAAAAGUAGUAGAAAUGAAUAUAGCAUCGAAAGAAGAAUCUAAUAAAAAUAUGGAACAUAUAAAUAAACAUGUUUUACCAAAUUUGUCAGAAAGUACAGAUAAAGAAUUUAAACAGCAAAAUAAAUUACGAUCAUCAGAAGUUUCAAAUGAAAAAGGAAAAGUAGAUGUUACUUCCAUAUAUCGACCAACUCUGAAUGAUGAUAGUAGACUUGUAAGGAUACCACUGCCAACAAAUCGAAUGAGUUUAGUGCAAUCUAAUGCACAUUUUAUAAAUAGAAGUCGAAAUUUUCUGAAUUUUAUCACAGAAAAAUCCACAAAUAUAAUGGAGAAAGCAUUAUUACCGCAACAUUUAACUAUGAAAUAUACUGCGGGAUAUACAAAUAAUAAUGAGAAGAAGAAUAUAGAUGGGGAUUCUGUAAAAAAAGAGUUAUCAUCAAAAUGUUUAAUGCUUCCCAAAGAAUGUGAUACAGUAACAAAAAUCAUAAAUACACCGGUUGUAUCCAUAACAGAACAGAGCAAAAAUGGCGAACAAAAAGACCUAUUGAAUGAGAACAAUUCAAAAUAUCAAGUUUCUUCAAUGUUCAACUCAUCUUCUGUUGACUCAAUUGAUGGUACAUUAACAAGUAUUAAAAAUAAUUCCAAAUUUAUCAAUUCUGAAGAACAUAUUACAACCCAAGCAACAGAAGCUUUAAUGACAACAGAUGGUGAAAUAUUGCAAGAAAAUUCAGCAGAGUGUCAAAAUCACUCAGUUAAUAAUGAAAGUUCUCAUGAAACAAAUUUAUUGGAGCAUCCCAUAUACUUAACACUACUGAAAGAUUAUGCUAAAUUAAAAGAUAAUAAUACAAAAUUAUCAGAAAAAGUAGAAGUCUUAAAAACAAGAAAUAACUCAUUGGAAGCGGAGAAAAGUGGAGAACCUUAUAAAAUACAAAUCGAGACAUUAGAAAAAACUGUAGAUAGAUUAACAUAUGAAUUGCGUGCAUCAUUAGCUACCCAGGACAUAUUGAAAAGAGAACAUUCUGCUGCUAAUAAAGAAAUGGAAUCUAUGGUAAUAAAGUAUGCAGUUAGUGAAAAACAAUUGAUUGAUACACAAAGGGCAAGGGAAUAUGCAGAACGUAAAUUGAAAGAUAUUACAAAAGAGCAAGAACUCUUGCAGAAUAAAUUACGACAGGCUCAAGGAGAGAGAACUAGAAUAUGUAAUAUAUUGGAUGGGAAAUGCCGUGAAAUAGGUGAUCUUCAGAAAGAAGUUGAAAGACUUAAUGGAGAUGUACAGAUGAAAGAAGUGAAACUCAAGUGGUCACAAAAUAAAUUAAAAACGGAAAUGGACUUACAAAAAGAAACACAGCAAAAGCUUGAUAAAGCUUUGAGUAGAAUUAAUGAAAUGAAAGAGGAGUGUGAACAAGUACGUAAAGAAACACAGGAAACUAUUAGAAAAUUUCAAUUGUCUGAAGAAAAUAAAGCUAUAACAUUGGAUCAACAGCUUAAAGAGCAACAAGCACGUUUAAUUUUAGAAAGAUAUGUAACUGAAGACAAGGAGAUGCUAUGUUUACAGUUACAAAAAGAAGUUGAAACAUUAUUGCAUAGACAGCAAGUGUUAAUUGAAGAGAACAAUAUACUCGGUAUAAAAAUACAAGACUAUGAAAAAAGACAGCAAGAAUACGAAGAUACCUUUAAUAAUUUGAAGGUUCUAGCGGAUCAACGACAAACGGAAAUUAUUGAUUUGUUGCAAAGAGUUUCACAAAUUGAAGUAUUAAAAUCCCAAUUACAAGAAGCAGAGAAAAGUCUAAAAUCUACGAUUGCUGAAUCAGAAAAAUUGCAUUUAAUAAAUAAUGAAUUAGAAUCUGAUAUGCAUGCAUGUCGUUUACGCGAGGCUGCUAUGUUAGAUUUUACACAAAAGUUAACAGAUAAAAACGUAUGUCUUCAAUCAGAAUUUACUGCACUUGAAACAAAAACUAAACAGCUCGAAGAAGAACAAGGUCCACUUCGUGAUCAAGUGAAUAAAUUGAAAAAUAGAACUAAAUUGCUUGAAGACAAUGUAAUAUCUGAACAAAAAAGAAGAUUAGAAGAAUGUGAAAUUUUAGCAAAACACGUGGCAGAACAAACACAACUUGUUCAAAACUUAACACAAAAGUUAGAGGAUAGUCAAGGGGAAAAUGCAGUACUUAAGAGAAAACAACAAAGAAAUAUGAAAGAAAUAACGCGAGAACUGCAGCAGUGUCGGAAAAAAUUGGAGGCAUUUCAAUUAUCUUCACCUAGUAAUUCAAUGAAUGUUGCAUCAAGGACUGAUUCAAAUACAUCCCUAAAUACAGGUGAAACAGUGAAUGGUGCCUUAUCUGAUAACUGUACCAAUGGUGAAAAUUGUAUUCAUUUAAUUGAACCUGCUAAAAAAUUAUUAAUGGAUCGUAUCGUGAUAUUACAAAACGAUAAUGCAAAAAAAUUAGAAAAAAUUGAUUUCUUGGAAGAACAUACACGAACAUUAGUCGAAGAAAUACAAAAGAAAACAAAGAUAAUACAACAUUAUAUUUUACAUGAGAAUUCUGGUGCCAUGGGUAGUAACGAAAGAGAUAGAUACAAGCAUAUCAAAAGCAGGAAAAAUACUGCGGAAUUAGCAAAGAAUGGAGGUAUAAUGGCAUCUGUUUACAGUCAAAAAGUUUCAGAUGACAACAUGACUUUAAAACUUUCUUUAGAAAUGAAUCAAAAAUUAUACGCCGUUGUUGAAGAUACAUUAUUCAAAAAUAUGGCUUUGAAGGAUAGUAUUAAUACUUUAGGUGCAGAAAUAGCGAAGUUAACAAUACAAAAUCAACAAAGACAAUUGACGAGUUAGAAAUAUUGCCAUAUAACUUUUUUUUUUUAUUUAAUUAAUAAUUAAAUUUUGAAAACACAAAAUUUUGUUCGAACAAAUAUUGACGAUUGCUAUAUUUUAAAGGCACGAAAAGUCUAAAAUUUAAUAUAUAAAUGACAAAUUUUUUACAAGAAUGAGCGUUACUCAUAACAUUAUUUUAAGCAAGCAAAAACUUAAUGCACUGGAUUACUUUAUCGUAAUAAGUUGAUUUCUAUAUAGUAAUCAAUGUUUUUUUUAAUGUGCAAGAAACGAGAAGAAAAAACGAAAAAUCUUAAAAAUGUAAAAACUCCAUGUCACAACUUAUACAUCUAGAAUGAAAAUAUUAUCUAGUCCUUUUAAUCGAAACAAAUUAUAAUCCAAAAGUUCAUUGCAGUUUUAAAUAUCGUCAUUAACAAAUUUUCUUUUAUAUAAAAAAUCAAUUUACCAUCUAGUCACAUUAUAUCUUAACUUAAUAUAAUUACUUUGAUCAAAGAACAAAUGAAAUAAAUGAUGCCAAUAAUUUAUAUUUAGAUUUUCUAUAUGAUAUAUAUUGCAGAUUCCUUUCUAUAAGUUUAAUUGUUUUAUCAUCAUAUUCAUUAUUUUAUUAUUUCAUAUAUCAUGAAAUUUUUAUCUGUUUUAUUUUAUUACUUUAAGAAUAUGAUUGCAAUCAUGUAUGAUUGUGAAAUUUGUUAAUAACUUAUAAAGUAAUAGAAUAUUUUUUUAAGUCUUGUACAUAAUAUUUAACUUGUAUAUAGUAAGCGCGCGAGCCUGUACCAAAGUAUAUUAAUUAAAAAAAUACAUUGUAUAUCGUAGUUAAAAUAUUAUUAAGAAUACAUGUAGACAUUACAAACAGUAUCAAAUUCUACAAAAUUACGUGGAAAUAUAUAAAAGCAUCAAAUUUUUAAAAAACACUUACCUGUAUCUUGUUUUUUUGAAUUUAUAUCAUAAAAAAGAAAAAAAAUAAUAAUAAAAAAAAUAUACUUCACACAUACAUACGUAUCGCUUAAUUUUUAUCUUACCUAUUUUCCAUACUAAGAACAAUUUCCUCAUGUAAUUAUUUACAGAAGAUCAAGAAGCAAAAAAAUAUUACAAUCGAAAGUGAAAAAUAAACGUAGAAUCUUUCGAAGUAUUCCUCGCUAUACUUGUAUACAUGUCGUACUUGCAAUAAUAUAUACAUUCCGUUUUUAUUACGUAAAACAGUAUGGAUAGAUAUUGUCAAAGAAUAAUUUAAUAACGUAUUCAAAAAGGUUACAUACGAAUUACAGCCUAAACAUCAUUUACAAUUGAACGGUCACUAAUAAAUUAAUAUAUUUAUUCGAUUAUUAAAUCUUAUUAAUCCUCUUUUGAAUAUUUACUUGCGUUAUGAUUAACAAUUUUUGUAUUUUUCUUAUAGUCUGAUUAAAAUGGGAAAAUCGUUUCGUAUUAAAAAAAAAAGCGAAACAAUUAAUAAAAAAAAAAAAGCUGCAUACCUUCGAAUUUUUGUGCCCAAAACCUAGAUAAACGAAAAAUAAAAAAACAGAGAAAGUGAUCGUAAAAAUAAUACAAGUUUGCUUUCACACGUUUAAUGACAAUCUGUACUACAUAAUAUAAAGUAUUUGAUUAUAACAAGACAAAGCAGACCUCGUGACUUUGUAAUCUAUAUCUUUUCUCUGGCAAUUAUGAAACUAUUACAUUUUUACUCCUUUUAACGAGAGGAAUACACCUAUUAUUUGCAACCGAUCGAGUUGUAAGAGAAAUAUCGCUUAUUAAUUUCUCAGUUCUAUUUGCCAUAUGUAAGACACAUGAUUUCCUCGGACAAUAAUUUUGCUCUUUCCUUCCUUUCGUCCUUUCUUUCUUUCCUAUCCCUUUUUUUUGCCGCCCCGUUAUUUAUUUAUUUUUCUUUUCUUUCUUUUUUCUCUCUUUUUUUCUAGUUUCUGAUUUCCAUCGUCGUUCUUUCAUUUCACAUACACCAUUCUCAUAUAUAAUUUUAAUAUACGUAUGUAUGUUAUAUACAUUAUGCACAGCAGUUACGCUCUUACAAAGCACAUCCUAUAGAAAUUUACAAUCGAGUGGCAAACGUAAUGAUUUAGCUCGAGAAUAGUAGGUACGUGUAUGUAUCGUUUACGUAUAUAUGUAUGUGUAUAUUUAUAUAUUGCUUUCUGUACAUUGUACGUGUUAAAUACAUGUACAUAUAUUCUUAUACCCUACGUUUAUCCUCGCGAAUGUUUUUAUUUAUUUUCUUUUUUCUUUCUUUUUUGUUGUUAUUGUUGUCGCUGUUGUUGCUUAUUAUUAUUGUUGUUGUUAUCAUGUUCAUGAAGAAGGAGGACUACAAAAGCGGCCAUUUAUUUUAUUACAACGAGAAGUGAAAUUCAUAGAUUAUUUAACGUAUAUAUUUCCUCCUUCUUUCAAUCUUCUCUUAAUAAAUCGCCGAUUAUUGUACGAAUAAAAUCAUCGCGGAACAUCGUAAUGUAAACGAGGUCGGCCGUAUUUAUUAGGCGAAAGUAUAUACCCCUUUUUGUUUUUAUCGCAAUCGAUUUUAGAAUCUCUGCUUUAUUCUCGGCUCUUACUAAUUAAGCUUGAUCGGUAAUGGUAUUAGAACGGUAUGUGCACCUGCUCUCAUUCUCCGAGAGCUUAUCUUAGGAAAUUCCAAACAUAUUUUUUUCUUAUUAUUUUGUCUAAUCAUUGGCAUUUCUGCUCCUCAUGAUAAUUGAUUAUAAACUUCGACGAAAAUUCCGUAAAGAACAUCGAUUAUUAUCUAUUUAAUUGCACUCCCACAAUAGAAAGAGAAAAAGAAGAAGAGAUAAACAAAGAGAGAGAGAGAGAGAGAGAGAGAGAGAGAAAGAGAGAGACAAAGUUAUAUUUAAGGACAAUUAAUGUAAAUUUCACGAAACUAUAUUAAGUACUUAAUAAAAUUUUCUUUAACAAGAUAUGUGCAAAAUUUUCAUGAUAUUAAAUUAUCGACCUUGAAUAUUUUCAUUUUUCCUACUUAUACAAUAUAUAUAUAUAUAUAUAUAUAUAUAUAUAUAUAUAUAUAUAUAUAUAUAUAUAUAUAUAUAUAUAGAUAGAUAGAUUGAUAGAUAGAUACGUAGAUAAAUAUAUUAUUUUUAUAAAAGAAAUGAGAUUCGUGUAAAUAUAUAAACUGAUUCGUUUGACCCUUUACGGAAUUUUAGUCUCUUCGCGUUCGCUAGUACACAUUUAAUAUGUUUAUACGAAGUUAGAACGAAUAUGAGAAUGGCGAAAAAUAUUUACGUGGGUUCUAUAUAUUGAAAUAUUUAAAGGUCAGAAGCUUUUUAUAAUGUUUCUUUUCUAUUCUCUCGAGCUCCCUAAAAAGUUAUUUUUCUUUUGCCUUCUUGUUCUUUCUCUUCGCAGACAAAAUCCUCUUUAAAAAUCGUACACCUUUUUACGGCACACUGUCACAGCAUAUUGUCCCUUUCCCCUGCCCCUUUCAUUUCGAUAUAUGAAGUUAACGCACCUUAGUUAGGUGCGGUUAGAAGGCUUGUAUUAGCAAAGUCUGUGCAUCGUAAACCUCGAUUCGUAUUGUAUGUAUUUCAUUUUAUUUAAAAUAUAUUGAAAGUUCUAAAAGGAAAUAACGAUCGUUCGUUCUGAUCAAGCUAAAAAAUGAAAUUUGAUCCUAAAAGAAGAAAAAAACCAAUAGAAGAAGAAAGAAGAAAAAAAGAAACGAACGAUAUGGGUUGAAUCUUAAAAUGGGUAGAUUCUAAUCUCAAAGCACACUUUGUUCGAUUUUCAACAUGGAUUUGAGAGGAAAUAAAUGCGUUUUGAUAAAUGAGACUGGAAAGUCGUUAUUUCUCUCUCCUUCUCCCUUUCUCGGGUGUAAGAUCGAUAAAGGAACGAGUUUAAAUUCGACAAAGCCAAAAUCAAUGACUAUACACAGAGAGAGAGAGAGGGGGGGGGGAGAGAGAGAAUAUAACUGAGCGGAGAAGCUUUCCCAUGCGGAACCGUGCUUGCGCCGGAGCUUGCGAGGGAGCUUUCGAACUGGCAGAGUGAAUACUAGCACCACCACUACCACCACCACCAUCACAACCACGACAACUACCACCAUUACCACCACUACCACUACCACUACCACUAUCACCAUCAGUACCACCCCUGCUGGUACUACUAGCUGGAUAUACCGGUGGACAGCCCACAACCCUCGGUGCCUAGCCACGACUACCGCGUUAAUUUUGUCGGGCGAAUUGAUUUUGGCUCCAAUGCUGGACGCCUACGCACGCCUUUGUCUAUCUCCGACUGGCUAGCUAGCCGGAGAUGGCAAGUUAACAUUGAAGGGUAAAUCGAGCAUUCUGAGUAUAUGACUGAACUGAGAGAGAGAAUGAGAGAGAGAGAAAGAGAGAGAGAAAGAGAGGGAGGGAGGGAAGGAGAGAAAGAGGGAGAGAGAGAGAGAGAGUGGGAGGAAAGGAGGAAG